AUGGAAACUUUGAAACCACCGGGUGAAUCUUUGGCGAAUGGGCGGAUCAUGGAAGACAUUGGGUGGAUCAUGGAAAACAUUGGAAACAUUGGGUGGAUCAUGGAAAUAUUGGGUGGAUCAUGGAAACAUUGGGUGGAUCAUGAAAAACAUUGGGUGGAUCAUGGAAAACAUUGGGUGGAUCGUGGAAAACAUUGGGUUGAUCAUGGAAGCUGUUGA